UGUGUGUGCAUGUGUGUGCGUGUGCGCGCGCGCGCGUUUUUUUCUGUGUGUGUGUACAGCUCAGAUUUGGAUCCGGCAUAUCCUUACUAACAAACCUUGUCAUCUCCGACGCAUGCCUUAAACACGCACUAAAAUAAAUAAACAAAAACAACAGCAAGUGUUAACAAUGAACGCGGUGACCGCCGCCACCUGCCUGUUCGUCGCCGGCCUGAGCUGCUACCUCUACGGCAGCGAUGUGUUGUUAUCGCUGCUCCGUGUCUCUGUUGCAGACCCUUCCAUGCCCGAGCCGGGAGCUGCUCCGCGGCGGAGCCCGCAGGGAGUCCCCUACGCCGACCUGCCGCACAUUGUCAACGCCGACGGACUGCACCUGUUCUGCCGCUACUGGGAGCCCACCGAUCCGCCAAGGGCUUUGGUGUUUGUUGUCCAUGGGGUCGGGGAGCACUGUGGUCCGUAUGAUGAGAUUGCACAGCGAAUGAAGGAACAGUCCCUGCUGGUAUUCGCACACGACCACGUGGGCCAUGGUCAGAGUGAAGGAGAGAGGGUGGCCAUCAAAGACUUCCAGGUUUACAUCAGGGACUCUCUGCAGCACAUAGACCUGAUGAAAUCCCGCCACCCCGACCUACCCGUCUUCAUUGUGGGUCACUCUAUGGGCGGUGCUAUCUCUAUCCUGACAGCCUGCGAGAGGCCCAGUGAUUUUGCUGGAGUGGUUCUGAUUGGGCCGAUGGUCCAGAUGAACCCAGACACAGCCACGCCGUUCAAGAUUUUUGUAGCGAAGGUCCUGCACCGCAUGCUACCCAGCCUCACUCUGGGCUCCAUCGAGUCUAAAUGGAUCUCACGGGACAAGACGCAGGUGGAGGCAUACGACACUGAUGAGCUGAACUACCAUGGCGGGUUGCGGGUGUCGUUCGGCAUACAGCUGAUCGGGGCUGCGGCUCGCAUCGAGAAGGAGAUCCCUUCUAUUAGCUGGCCCUUCCUGCUCCUGCACGGCGAUGCUGACAAGCUCUGCGACAUCAGGGGCUCCAAGAUGAUGUACGAGAACGCCCCAAGCUCAGACAAGACACUCAAAAUCUACGAGGGAGGCUACCACGCCCUUCACCACGACCUCCCAGAGGUGGCCCAGUCCGUGUUAAAGGAAGUGGCCGGCUGGAUCACAGAGCGCCUCCCCGCCACGACAUCGCCACAACCACAACAAGGCUCGUAGACUUGUAACUUGUACGACCAAGUCAGCGUUCCAGGGCAACUGCCAAACUCUUCCUAAGAGGCCUGCUCAGUUUCCAGUAGCCCAUCAGGCGUAACAAUACUACUACACUCUCUAGUCUGAGAAAUACAUUGGGGCUCAAAGACUGACAUUAUUUUCUCAGUAUAAUAAUUUAACUAACUUUAUCCUCUGGGCAUAUACUGUACAAAAAGAAUUUACCACACUCUCCUGUGUACCUGUCAAUCAGCCCACCAAUUUAAAUUGGAUGAUGUGGUCAGAAACCACUUCUUCUUGUAGAUACUCAGCAGCAGUUGUCAGUUUCACUGCAAAAAUCACAAUCAUACAUUAAUUUAAUCCUGCAAGCUGAUUUGGUUACUAUUUCAUCAUCUCUAUUAGACCUCACUCACAAGCAGCUCAAGAGGGGCAAAGUUUAAGCUUCAGUAUGCUGGGGUUCAACGUGCAAUAAUCAAGUUUCCAUCUCCUAGACAUACAGCAACAACUUAAUACAUUAUUUAUCUGCAGAGGGACAUUUCCUUUUAGUUCACCCUCCAUUCACAGGUCAGGUCAGAGGUCAGGAUCAGCUAGAGGACAGCACCACUGGAGUUGCUGUAGGUUCCAAUGUAGGUUGAAUGCUCAAUAAAUUGCUCCUCAUGCUCUAAUCUGCUUUAAGCCCAUCUCCCUCCUCUGCCUUCUCCUCGAUUGCACUGUUUUACAAAUUACGUAAAAUAUCACUUUUGACACAGGCAGCUCGUGUAGAGUCGAAUUUUCUUCCCCUCCACCUUCAUGUACUGACUGAAUGACCAAACUAACCAGGUGAAGCUGUUUUGUCCCUCUCUCUGCAGGUGGUAAUUAGAGGGAGGGCGCAAGGGUCGAGAGGGCAGAGGGCCUCUCCUUUCUGCGACCUUUGACCUUUAAGGUCACUGUUGACUUCACCGUUAAGAGUCACUCUUUGAAACAGUAACUUCAUUAAGCUCAGGCUGCAGACAGGGGCUCAGCUGGAAUACGAGAGGGACACGUCGCUCUGUUAUUGGGGACAAAAGUAGAUCUCCCUUUGUUCACAUAGCAUCUGCUGUUUGGUGGACACUUUUAUCCAAACCACCUUAAAGUAAUACGGCCGCACACAUGGAUGACCACAGUGGGAAUCCAGCCUCUAUUUCAGAACAAUGCCAUAGUCAUAGUCAGGAAGUUCAACAGAAUAGCAGAUGAGGAGGAAUAAAUACCACUGAGGACUGCACCUAAACACCACAGCAAUCUAGUAUAUGUUUUCAUGUUAGUAAGAAUCAAGUUUAAGUAACAGAUACAUGCAGGGUCAUUCUAAUGUACACAUGUUGGGUACUUUAUAGCCUGAUUGCAGUAUUCCUUAGGCUCAUUUGACUACUUUGAACCAAAUUUUGGGGAGACUUGGAUCCAUUUCUAAAUUUCUGUCUGCAGAACAGAACUAGGAACAGGAAUAGUGAAGGAGGAGUUUUUCAAACAUCUACCUGCAGUAUGAGCUGCUAAAACAGCGGUCAAGCUCAACUUCCCCUUUUCUUUUUCAGCUCUCAAAGUAGUAGCAGCAGUGUGCAGUAUUUGAGGUGGCUUCAAUGAAACCACAGCAAUAAUGUCACGGUGGCCUAUAUUCUUGCUAGCCGUUAAUUAUAAGCUAUACAGCCGCACACAGUGAGCUCACCAUUUCAUACUGGUGAGUAGACUGUAAUUAGCCAGUAUUGCUACGUGUGCUAAGCUGUCCCCACCUAUUCAUCGAGCAUGAGAGUUUCAGCAAAAGUUUCAAAGUUUGUUCGCCCCCAACAUCAAGCAUAGAAAAGGAUCAGACAUUGUGAUGUUUUUGUCAUGUAAAACAUCAGACAUACAUACAGUUCAUACAACUAAUGCUUCUAGUUGUUGACUUCAGACAUCCUACAUGUCCUGUAGAAAAUACAUCCAGUGUGCAGUUCUUGGAAACAUAAUUGACUGUGUCACACUAGCGUUUAGAUUUUUUCCUUUAUCGCUCAGAAUUCAAAGGGAGUCAUGCAGAGAGUGUAGGGGAGGCUCAGUGCUGUAUCCACGGUGACCGCUACUCAUGUGUAACCACGGCAGCGGGCCAGCAGCGAGGUAGAAUUUUUAAAAUUCUAUUUUACAUGUGUAGUAACCAGGGUGAUCACUACAAGACUGGCAGAAUGAGAUAAAUUUCUGGCUCCAUGCCUGCUGCUCUGUCUCUCCUCCUUUCUGCCUCUUCACUCCCAUCCUCUCUCACCCCGUCUCACCCUGUGUCACCCUGUUUCACGGCCUCUGGUCGCUUCUUUUUAUAGUUGUAGAUGUGGUGAGCAGUGCUCUUUGUUCUGUUGAUCACAGGGCCCCUUGUUCUACUACAGAUUCAAACAUCUUGUACUAUCAGCCACCCACACUGUCCCUAGUGGUCAAUUAUCAGAACAGCAACAGGUUAAAAUUUAAAUCAAAUAAUUUUUUCCCCCAUUUCUUUUGCCCAUAAGCUCCCACUCAUCUAACAGGGGACUCAUCACUUAACCAGCUCAGCUUAAUGCUAUAUCUUACCACACUGGAUGGCUUUAGGAAAGCAAAAAGUGUGAUCUAAUUAGUGGGCCUGCUAGUGUGACCACAAGUCACUGGAGCUCCACAGAUACCUUUGAGCUCCAUUCUGUUUUGCUAUUUUUAUUCUCUUAUUUUGUCUCUGGUGUAAACUGUUACCACUACCUAUGAGAGAUUAAUGAAUUGACAUCAAACGCAAAUGUAAGUGUUUUAGUGUAUGAAUAAAAUGGAUAUAAUAAGAAAUAAAUCACAGAAAAAAAUUAAAGGAAAAGUCCCCCCCCCAAAAAAAGAGGUAAAAUCAGGAUAUAAGUACAUCCUCUUCUCUUUUUCUUGGGCACCAGACUGUAUUUUUCCAGAUAACACUGCUACUGCUGCAGACAUAGAUGGAGAUGUAACGUAUUCCUCAGUCCCAGUGGGAGCCAGAUCCUUCACCUCAACCAGAACUGCAGGGGUUUAUAUCAUAAGCACUUCAAACACAGUCUACUCCUGAUUGGGCUGCGGCAGGCGCAGCACACACAAAGACUACACAGCCCCAGUUGUAUUCAUACUCAUAAUAGCACCCCUGCUGCACUGCAUGAGUACAGCUGAUUUAACUUUGCAGGAUCCUAUGGAACAGUAAAUUUCAAAAGCUCUACCUGUCAGACUACACAAGUGAAUAUUACUGCUAUCGUUAACUAUGGAGGCGGAGAGCAAUGGAGAUGGAGUGAGCGAAGAUUGAGAGAAAGAGAAAGACAGGAGAGAAGCUGUCAGUAACCAUGGUAGCAGCUUUUCUCUCCCCUAGAAAAUUCAACCUGUGAAAACUGUAUUUGUUUAUGGUGUAGGGUGUACAACAGACAGGGCUGGUUGUUCAUUUGCUGCUCUGAGGAUUCCCUUUUGUGUGAGCAUCGAGAUAAGGGAGCAAACAAUUAGCUUCAUCAGUUCACAGUGAAUAAUAAGAGCUCCACACACUUGACAAAUUCAAAUCAGGCCUGGCUGCUGUUUGUAGCUGUCUGAAAACACGCUGUUUCCAGUCAAGCAAAGUGUGAUUUAUAGGAGCAUUUAAGAACAACAUUUUUCUUUUUUUCUAGUAAGUUUGUGUUCAUAUAUACAUCUAUGCCUUGCUUUGAAUAAAAAAUGGUCAAAGGCCUAUUAGAGAAAUUUAAGAGGCCACCACUUCUUUAUCAUAUUCCAUUCCUACUCACCUGUCUUAAAGGUGUGCAAUUCCUGACACAAUCCUCUCAUCUUGUAAAGCCAUGUAAGCCAUCCAUAUCCAUGCCAAUAUCCUUUUCUACUGGCAUGUACACUUACACAGGCAUGGUUCAUAUGCAGGUUUGCCAUACUGAGAGAUAGCCAUGUAGAGUUGCAGUGACCUGUUAAUAUGUAAUAAUCCACUUGACUGUUAUAUCUUUUUUUAUUUAGGACAAAAGUUCUUUAUUUAGUGAGUGAGAGAAAAUAACGAGGACAGGAAACCACUGAAUCUAAAUUUAAUUGUCCUGCUGGUUUGUCAGUUUUUUUUUUUUAUCUCGACUUUAUGACUGUUUCAAAGAAAAGAGCUGUUAUAUACAAUGGAAGACUAAAGUGCACAGGACAGAGACUGAAGUGCACUGGAAAGGUUCAUUGCAGAAUUUGCAUGAAUGGAGUCAGUGCUCAAGUGAGCAGCAAGAAUUGAAGAGGUCUUCUCCAAAAUGCAUUUUUAAAAAAAAUUGUACCUUAACUUCAUCAUCAUAUCUGUAAAAUACAGAUGAUCCAGGCUGUUAGAGUGGAAUAAUUUCCUCCACUGAAAACUUAAGUUUUCAAAUAAUUGAUUUUGCAUUUUGGAACAAAACCCCAGUUCAAAUCUUGCUUUUUUUUUUUCUUUGUUUUGACUGAUUUGAUGUAUUUCUAGUUACCAGACUGCUUGAUUACUGAACAUAAUUGUAAUACACUGUACAAUAGCAUAGCAUUGUUAACACUUGAUGGAAAUGCAAAAAUCAAGAUCUUUUAUUUAUCUUAUCUAGGAUAUUUAUACAAAUUAAUUUUAUGUAUAGGCAAUUAUAUAAUGAUUACACAUCAUGACAAGGCACUUUUUACAGCAUAAACCAGUCACCAGUCACUUACUGUUGAUGCUCAGCCACAUGGAGAUUCAUGAGACCAUUGUCGGAAACUGGUUUAAGGUUGUAUGUAUGUAAGCUCAGCGAUCCCAAAAAUGAAUGACAAUGUUUCUGAUAUGAUUUUUCAUAGAGUAUUUUACUACUGUGUGUUUAAGUCACUGUUGUGUUGAAGUCUUGUUGCAGUUUGUCAGAGAACCUUGUUUGUUUAAACCAUUUGAUAUUUUUUCAUUUUAGAACAAAAUCUUAACAGCCAGGGUGUUAUUGCUACAGGUUUGGGAAAAUCUUGUACUUCUUUCCCAAAUUAGCUUUUCACUUAAAAUGUAGAUUUUUUUUUUUUUUUUAACUUUGAGUUAAAGGUGGGUAUGAAUGAGAGACUUAAUGUAGCUUUCUCCAUUCAUAAAACCUUCUUUUCAAACCUCAGAAGAAAGACAAUUUGGUCAAAAGCCUAAAUUGCAGGUAUCAGGUGUCCUCCCAACAUCAGCCUGAUUUCUGAGAAGAAGAAAAAAAAAGCCUCGGAUUCAUUUGACUAAGAAUUCCACACAAUUUUAGAGAUUUUCAUGGGAAUGUGUAUUGUAUGUUUGUCUAUUUUUGGAUUGUGGUCUAGUGUUGUUUGUGCCUUAUUACUAUGACGAAUGUGUCUUUGAGUGUGUCUGUGCCUGUGUGUGAGUCCGUGAGUGUGUGUGUGUGUGUUUUGAUAUAAAUGAACUGUGCAGAGCAGCAUUAAGCAGAUCCGCUUCUCUGUUAUUCUGGCUUUUCUGGCUGUCUGUCAUCACAGCUGUUUCUGGUUCUGGUUCAGUAGUUGCGUCUGUCUGCUUGUCUUUUUCCUGUCUGUCUCUUUUGUCUUUCUGUCUGUCUGAAUAUCUAUCCAAUCUGGGGGUCUAAGCAGAUAUAGGUCAAAAACUGUUUCUGAAUCCUUCAGUACUGACUCAGAUACUUUUAAAUACCUCCCAGCUCCUCUAAACAAUUAUUUUGUUUUAGCUUUAAAGACCCCCACAUUAUCUAGAAACACAAUACUUGACAUUAAAGGCAAUGCUUUUGCUCUGCCUGGAGUUGUUAUAAUGACAGAAUGACUGUAUAACAUUUGGAACUUGAAUCCAUUUUCCCCCACAUAUUUCCAACCAGAAAACAACAAGAACCAGAUGUGUAUACGUUUUUGAGUCCAUCGUGACUGUUAUGUAUUGAAUGGAUGCAUUCCUUUCUCUUGUCCGUAUUUGUACAUGUUUAGAUAUGGUGAGGCUUUUGUAAAGGGGGCCAAUACAUUUCAAACUGUCUUAGUCAAUCCAGACGUGUUGUUGAGGUGAAAUGAAAAGGCAUCAAAGGGAUGAAAUCAACAUGUCAAAUUACACCCUACAAAUUCAGGUUUUCAGGAAAACUAUAGAAUAACACAGCAUUAAAAUAUUCACACUUAGCAUCUUUGGCAGAACUGGAGUCAAACUUUAACAUGGUUUGUCAUUACUUGCACAGUGCAGUUACUCUGUACUUUUCUCAUGUGACACUGCUCAUGAAUAAACAAAUACUUAGGAAAACUCAGCUACGUGAUAUAAAACCUGGGAAGAUGAAGUGUCAAUUAUCAACAAAAGCAAUGCUCACUCCAGAAAGACAUCUAAUGUGAUGGAGCAGAGUUCUCUCUCUCUCUUUUUUUUUCAUUACACAGUGGAAUAAUAAUAUAAAUCCAACUCUAACAUGAGCAUGCAGUGACAUACAAUAUCAUUACUCACAAGGUGGGAGUUGAUGUUUUCAGGCAGCACAUUAUGGACCACAUAAAGAUAAUGAUGAGACAUCAUAUUGUUGAGUCUUCCUUGUAAAGUAAUGUGUUGUUUGCAUCAACAGUUUACUAAAUACUGGAUGACGCCUGAUUUGAAUAGUCCAGUGCUGAUACUCAACCAUCAAGUGAUGAAAGGUAGAUGUUCAACAACGUGCUGUUUUUCUUUGCUAAAGACAGUGUACCCCAAACCUUAAUUUAACUCAAAUACAAAUAUUAAACAACUGCAAAAGAAAAGAAUCAUAAUCUACUUAACCUCAGUACACCCUUCACUGAUUUAUUGUAGUCAUUGCAUAAGAAGUUGAGUUGCAGCAUUAGACAAUUUAAUUCAAGUGUGACAAAAUAUUGUAUAUAAGAUGUAUAUAUAGUAAACUGUAAUAAUGGAAAUACUUCUGAAUCACUGAAAGUCAAACUGCUUGUUACUAGAAGGUUCAUAAUGUCCAUACUCUCUGACAGAAUAAACUAUAUGACUGUUUAACUUAAA